UCAAAAAAUUCAAAUUACACAAUUCAUUAAAAUCACAAUAGUACAUAAACAAAAUGUUAACCAUAUCCAAAUUCCAAACAUACCGUACAUGAUCUAAUGUGAAAACUAAAUUAAAGAGAAUCAAUCAUUUCCUUUUUAUACACUCACAUGCUGCACAACAUUCUCAUCAUCAAAUCCUUAUCCAUUUCACCAACAAAAAAGACACACUGACAUACACACUUUCACUCACUCAACAAAUACAACAAUGAAUCCACCACCAGGAACCAUCGUUUUCAACACCGUUGGUAGAACCCAAUACGGUUUCGAUGUUUUCUACACAGACCUCAACACCAACCACUCCAACGAUCACCGUCUCACCGACGGUAUCUCAGUUAACUUCAACGCCCAAUUCACUCAAAACCACCAAACCAUUGUUUUCGUUUCUGAACGAACCGGUUCGCCCCGGUUUUACUUAACCCGACCCGAAACUAAACCCGAACUUAUACCUUCUAUUCCCAACGCACUUUUUGUAGACCGCCCAGCUAUAAAAAACGGUAAAAUCUAUUUCUCUUCAACGCACGACGAACCAAACGUGCUUUUCAAAAGCUGGUCUGCGGUUUACUCCACCGCCGUCGACGGUACCGGAAAUGUGACGAGGUUGACACCUCACGGUGUUGUUGAUUACAGUCCUGCUGUUUCUCUAACCGGGAACUUAAUCGCUGUCGCUUCUUACGGUUCUCGCGAUUGGGAAGACGAAUUUCAUGAGCUUAAAACGGAGAUUGUCGUGUUUGAAGAAUCGGUUCCGGAGAAUCGUGUUGUUGUGAGCGAACGCGGUGGCUGGCCGACGUGGUUGGGAGAUUCAACGUUGUUUUUCCACAGAAUCGCCGAUGACGGUUGGUGGAGCAUUUUCCGGAUUGAUUUAUCGGAUUCAAAUCUAACCGGAUCUCAAACUUCACCGGUUCGUGUUACACCACCGGGAUUACACUGUUUCACUCCCGCUGCAUUUCAAGACGGCAACCACAUCGCCGUCGCAACUCGCCGGAGAGAAAGUAAUUUUCGCCACAUCGAGAUUUUUGAUCUGAAAACAAAAACAUUCCAGAAAAUAACAGAAUCAAUAAACGCUGAUUUUCAUCACUAUAAUCCAUUCGUCUCUCCUGAUUCUCGCUACGUCGGUUACCACCGAUUCAGAGGUGAGUCAGCUCAGGGCGAGUCAACAUAUCCACACCUCGACCGUGUAAUAUCUCCAGUUAAAAACAUACAGUUACUCCGAUUAAAUGGUUCGUUUCCAAGCUUCUCACCGGACGGUGAUUUCAUUGCUUUCAAUCACGAAAUCGUCGGAACCAUCAACCAUGGCGUUAAGAUCAUAAAAUCCAACGGUUCAAAACGAUGGAGUAUAUUAAAAGAAAGAUUAUGCUUCGGUAACGCGUGGAGUCCAACGGAGAAGAAUGUUAUCUACACAUCAAUCGGUCCAAUUUUCGAGUCAGUUACAAAAACGGUUCAAAUUGCACGAAUCGAGUUUGAUCCGGUUCAUCUCACUAACGAUCGUGAAGAGAUUCCGUUUACGUUAAAGAUUCUUACAGAAGAAGCUACCGGAAACAACGCGUUUCCGUCAUGUUCACCUGAUGGAAAAUUCGUCGUGUUUCGUUCCGGUAGGUCGGGGUAUAAGAAUUUGUAUAUAGUUGAUGCUGUUAACGGUGAGGUUGACGGUGGUUUAAGGAGGUUAACGGAAGGUGAAUGGAUUGAUACGAUGCCGUUUUGGUCACCAAAAGGUGAUUUGAUAGCGUUUUCAUCGAAUAGACAUGAUCCGAAGAACAGUGAAGUUUUUGGGAUUUAUGUGGUGAAUGUUGAUGGGAGUGGUGUGAGGAGAAUUGAGAUUGAGAAAGGUGUGUUUGGUGAGAGGGAGAGGUUGAAUCAUGUUUGUUUUAGUAGUGACGGUGAGUGGUUGUUGUUUACGGCGAAUUUGGGUGGUGUUACGGCGGAGCCGGUGGGUUUGGCGAAUCAGUUUCAGCCGUAUGGGGAUUUGUUUGUGGUGAGGUUGGAUGGGAGUGGAUUGAGGAGGCUGACGUGUAAUGCUUAUGAGAAUGGUACGCCAACGUGGCAUAAUGGGGAUUUGUUGUUGGCUAGUGAUGAUGAGGAUGGGGAUGGUGGUGAUUGGGAUAAGUUGAAAGGUGCUUUUCAAGAACCGCUUUGGAUUACAUGUGAUAAUUGAGUGCGAUAGUAGUGUUUUGGACUUUGGAUUACAUGAGGAAUAUCGUGAGAUCUUGACCUUUGAUUAAAAAAUUAAAAAAUAUAGAGAAAUUGAAUUUUAAGGGUGCAGAUUUCCACUACUUUCUUCAGUGAAAUUUAAAAUUCAGGGAAUUCUUUCUCAUGUUUGGUUGUAAUAAAUAUUUAUAAGUUUAUGACAGUCAUGAUCGGACGGUCUAGAUUUAAACUUUAAAAUUAAUAUUAAGUAAAAAAUAAAGAUGUGUUUUAAAAUUUGAAUUGUCUAAUUUUCAUUAGAUGAUUUUGAAGUGUUCUUUGUAUUUGACUAUGAAAUAAAUGAGUUGUGUUUGUAACAUUAUCAUGUGUAAUUAAUUUAUCUAUUGUAAUUCUUCAUAUUUGGGAAUUCUUGGUUGCAUGAAUUUGGUUUUAUUCAAUGACAACCGCUCAAUUACCAACUAAGGGUAAAUAAAAAAGUGGGUCUUCUAGCUCUUUUUUAUGUUAAAAAAGAAAUAAAUA